GUCACAGCAGGAGGUUCUGUUUUUGUUGUUGUGGUUCUACCCAUUUCUGGGUAACCAAAUGAAAGUGCAAUCGUGUGUUUUUUUUUAUCAUUUAAACAUUGUUGCUGUAUUGGAUAUGCUGGCUGGCUAGCUGGCAGGCCCUCUUUUCCUUUGUUUUUAUUUGUUGUUGUGUGUGGUUUCGCUGCGAGAGAGAGCGCCCUCAGUUCUUAUAGCACCAAACUGCUGCCCAAACAAAUCCCGCAGUCAGUCAUCAUCGGUCGUCGUGUGAGCCGCGAGUCAAGUUGCCUUCUUCGUGUCGUUGUUUUCGGUGCGCUAGCUAGUUUUGCAAAACCUAGAAUUUCGCCUGACAACCCGUCAGCAAGCCAGGCGACAGUUGAGGGAGUAUAAAAAGCAAUGAGUUUACCAUUCUAAAGUUCAGUUUCGACUUUUGUAGCGCAAAGAUAUAAACCACGGACUGACGGAUAGGGGAACAAAAAAAAAGAAUAAAAAAAGUUAAUAGAAAAAAUAAAUAAUUUUUUAAGAAAAAUAAUAAUUAAAAAAAAUAAUGUCUUUUCAAAGCUGAGUUUUGAAAAUUACAAAAAAAAAUUUAAAAAAAAAUUUUAUUGAUAAAAAUAAUUCAUAAAAUAUUGUGAGUGCGUGCGUGUGUGCAAAAGAAAAGUGUACAAAAAAUCAAGUACCACAAAAGAAAAACAAAAGCAAAAUGCUGAUAAACAAAUUCUAGGCUUAUCCAGUCAGAGAGAAAUAAAAUGUCAACAAAGAAGAAAAAUGACCAUUUGAAUAUGCUGCUGGGUCCAGAAUAUCACCACUGAGGAUCAACAACAGCCAUAAACUUGAACCAUUGCCAAUGUUAUGUUCCAGAGCGAAAAAACAACAAUAAUAACAAUAAAAACCAAAGGUAAUAAUCAUUAACACGUUAGUGUGAAUAUGUGCUGCGGACAGCAGACAGAGUGAGAGACGGAGACAGAGACAGAGAACAAAACAUGAUUUAUAAACGGAUAACAACGAAACAUUUAAACUAUUUUACAGCUUUUUAACAAAUAAUUUGAAACUGACACGGAAACCGAUGGCAUCGGAGAGAAGGAGAGCUAAUCGUGAAAAUAACAACAACUUUAUGGCAACCCGGCACAGCUGUUGGAAAUGAUUGGGCGCCAUAAGAUAUAUAUGUGGAAUGGAGGGCAACGUAAUUGAAGCUAAUAAAAAAAUCUAAAAGGUUUUAAGUUCUAAACAAGUCGAGAGAGAGAGGGAGAGAGAGAAGACAAGAAAGGACCUCUUGCUGACAGAGAAAAUGACCAAAUAAAAUUUACUAACAAAAAACAAAAACUUCAGAGUGAGAAAAUAGUGAAAACAAGUUAAUGGAAAACUUGGGAAAAUAUUUACAAAAUACUUAAUUAACAAACACAAAAAAAAGGAGGAGAACUUUGCUCACAGGACGAAAAAUCAUAGUUAAAAAAAAUCGAGAAAAAACCCGAAAGAAAUCAACUACCAAAAACCCAUUUGCAGCAAAACGCUUAAUAUCCCACUCCAGCGACGGAAGGCAUUCAUUGCAGGGCGUUUAAUGCCAAGCACAGCAGGCAACAACUUCCUGUCUCGUUAGAUGCCAACAUUGCAAGCAGUUAGCCAGUCAAGCUAGAAAUUUCCCAACCGCACCUCACACCACUCCUCCUCCUCCUGCUCCUGCUGGCAUUUUCAAAAACACACUCCAGAGCAAAAGUAAGCUGCUGCUGUUGCAUUUCGAAAAAAAGCAAAACCAAACUGGCAUCACCUGGCAUAUCAUUGCAACACAAAAACCUCCUCUCCUGCUAGCCGGUAGCCCAUUUGCCCAAAAAGCAGCUGCAAACAUGGCGUUGGGAAAAUCCAUUAAAAUGUACCUGACUAUAUUCGUGGCCACCACAUGCAUGUACAUGAUACUGUAUCAGUAUCACAUAUCACGGCAGCCAAUGCCCCAGCCAGAAAUCAUAAAGCAUAAAGACAAAUCAAUUGCCAUCAGUGGUGGGGGCAUCAUCAAUGGAUACGGUGGUAGUUAUAUUCCUGCAUCAUCAUCCUCUUUAAACUCCGCCUCUGCCACAUUGUCAUUAAAUAGCAAUAAUAGCAACAACAAAAACAGCAAAUCUGCUUUAACACUCAUGUCAUUAGCAAUACCCCAGCAUCAGCAACAACAACAACAGCAAACAUCAUCAUUGCCUCUAUCAUUUUUCACCCUGCCAAAUCGAACAACAAAAUUAUUCAAGAAAAUGAAUCUGUUCCUAUGGUCACCCAUGUCCCUGCUGUCCUCAUCGAGGGCGGCCAAGUCCCCCCAGAGCUCGGCAACAUCAUCAGCAUCAUCAUUAACCACAUCAUCCACCUCAUCAUUGUCAGCUGCAAUGCGUAUUGCCAGCCAGAAAAUGCAAUCAUCGUCAUCCUCAUACCCAGCUAUGGCCAAGGCCAAUGGAGCCCCUGCAUCUGCAUCUGCUGCUGCUUCAAUUGCCUCAGCAACUGUUGUGGAUUUAAAUAACACUUUAUUAACUUCAUCUACUUCAACAUCGUCCUCAUCGUCGUCGUCCUCCUCGACGUCUUCAACAACUACAACAACAUCGACCACCUCCUCGACCUCUACAACAACAACAACUACUACAAUACCUGCUGCCGCAGCCAGUGUCAAGUCCUCCUCCACCUCCUCUUCAUCAGCAUCAUCAUCAUUGUCGUCGCCCUCAUUGUCGGCAGCAGCAGCAGUCCGAACACAUCAAGACCACAACAAAAACAUAAAUAACAACAAAUAUUACAACAACAAUAACAACAACAACUACAGAGCAUCUUCACAAUCAUUAAUGGCCAAAGUAGAUACACCUCCCCUGUACAUUAUCACACCAACUUAUCGCCGUCCCGAACAAUUGGCGGAAUUAACACGUUUGGGUUAUACACUGAAACAUGUUGCCAACUUGUUGUGGCUGGUCAUUGAGGAUGCCAAUCGGACGUCGGAGAUGGUGAUACAGACUCUGAAUCGGAUUGGUGUGCCUUAUGAGUAUUUUUUGGCCCCCAUGCCCGAGGAAUACAAAAGUAAAAAGGCCAAACCCAGAGGUGUCUCAAAUCGCAAUCGUGGCCUUAGCUGGCUGCGUGAAAAUGCCACAGAGGGGGUUUUCUAUUUUGCCGAUGAUGAUAACACGUAUGAUAUUAGCAUUUUUGAACAGAUGCGCUAUACCAAAAAGGUUUCAAUGUGGCCGGUGGGCCUGGUCACCAAAUACGGCGUCAGCAGUCCCAUUGUGAAAAAUGGCAAAAUUGUUGGCUUCUAUGAUGGCUGGCUGGGUGGUCGAAAAUAUCCCGUCGAUAUGGCGGGCUUUGCGGUGAGCGUGAGAUUUCUGCACGAAAGACCCAAAGCGAAAAUGCCCUUUAAGGCGGGCUAUGAGGAGGAUGGUUUUUUGAAAAGUCUGGCGCCAUUUGAAAAUGGCGAAAUUGAGCUGUUGGCCAACAAUUGUACAGAGAUUCUAACAUGGCACACGCAAACGAAAAAGAACAAUGCCGCGGAAAAACUGAACAUGACCAAAUACGGUGAUACCAAUCUAGUGUUUAUAGAUAGAGCUCUUGUUAGGCCCUAAGGUAACGUUAAACAAAUUUUCCAGAUUAAUUUAAGGACGAUUUCUUAAAAUAACCAAACAACUAUGAAAGACAACAACCAAAGAUAGACAGUUUUUUUUUAAAUGGAAACCAAAAAUAGAACCACAAACCAAAUCAAGAAACCAAAUUCAAGAAAGAAAAAAAAAACAAAAUAAAAUAAACAAAACAUUUUAUAUAUAAAAAAAAAUAUGUGUAUAUAAAAUUAAAAAAAAAAAAACAACAACUACAAAGACAGUCCAAAAAAGGCACAAAGUGUAAAGCUUUAUAAAAAACAAGAAAAUAUCCUCAUGAAAAAAAUAUAUAAAUAUGUAAAUAUUUUAUUUUUAAUUUUUUUACAUAAAAAUGAAAAAAAUAUUUAUACUUUAUAUAAUAAAAAUAAGUAAUAGUUUCACAAUAUUUUUUGUAAAUAUAUAUAAAUAAGAUAAAAAUAUAAAAUUAGAAAAAAACAAAUACUUUAUUAAAUUAACUUUAAACUACAAUAUUAAAAAUAAAAUUAAAAAAAAUGGAAAAAAUAAAUAACUAUUAGUUAGACUGUCAGGUAUGAUGAAGGUGAGAAAGAGAAAGAAAUGGAAAUUUGAAAUACCCAAAAUUAAACAAUCAUUUUUGUAACAAAUCAUAAAAA